UUUGAUAUAUGACUGUCGUAGAACUUUCCACCGUCAUUCGAUGUCUACAUUGCCCGACAGUUUAUGACAAUAAAAUUUAAAAAGUUUUAAGAUAUUUUUUAUUCAAAUAUCAUUGUCGCUUUAACUAAAUAUCGAUCUAUCGAAAAAUUUAUUUUAAUUAUUUUUUUUUCCGGUCUCGUGAUCUUACGAAUCGCCCGUAACCGCAUCUGCGGAUUUUUUUUUUAAAUUAUUUUCUGAAUUUUGUUUAAUUUGCGUUUAGUCGAUCGCAGACUGUUGUAAACUGAAACCGUCUUUUUUCCGGUUUUAGUUUUCUUAUUUUGUGCGUAAAUGAUUGGUUUGUUUCGGUUUCUGUUGGUUUAAGACGGUGACUUUAACGCAUUGGACAAAUUUGUGGAUUUAUCAAUUUUUUUUUUUGAAAUAUAUAAAUGUGUAGAGUAGCCCAAAACCAGUGAGAAAAUGUUAGUAAAAAAUGGCUUUGGAUAACUGGUUUCAAAAUUGGCACCCCACAUUCUUUCAGCAACCACUGCAUCACGAUCCGAUCCACAAUUCGACUGGUAAAAGGUUAAAGAACCCGACGAAUCUUCUACCAAUUUAUUUCUCACUAAAUCUUUUGGGUUCAGAACAUAAAAAUCUUAAAGGUCCUUCAAAAGUAGAUGCACAUUUUCCUACAGAAUGGAAGAGUAAGGAGUUACCCUUUCAUAAUUUUAAAGAUGAUUUACCAGGAGAAGAAUAUGACUAUAGCUUACCUCUUAGACUUAGCUCGCAACCCAACGAACACUAUUCGUCCCCCCACGUAGAUAGUUCAACAUUUGAAAAAUCAAUUUAUACAAAAAAACAUCACAAUACAGACGAAACAUAUGAGGAUCACCACAAACUUAAAGCUCUGGAAAUCACUGGCCCAUUUAAGACAUGGUACAGAUGGAAAACCCUGGAUUUUGCUUAUCCAAGCUUAUUGGAAAGAUCCAAGGCUAUUGCUAAAGGGGAUUUUGUAGUUGAAAACAACUUACCUUUGGGUAUAGAAGUAUAUAAAGACAGAAUAUUCAUGUCAAUGCCAAAAUGGAAACCAGGUGUACCUGUCACAUUAGCUCAAUUGCCAAGAGUGCCUAAAGAAGAGUCGCCGCCAUUGAUGCCUUAUCCUAAUUGGGAUUGGCAUUCAGAAAAAAGUUGUGAUCUUAUUACUUCAGUCUUCCGAAUGAAAACUGACAUAUGCGGCAGACUUUGGGUAUUAGACUCUGGAAAAAUAUCGAUUACUACAGAAGAAGCCAAACAACAUUGCCCACCUAAAUUGCUGAUAUUUGAUCUCGAAACCGACGAACUGCUCGACAAAUAUAUUUUUGAUAAUAGCUUUGUAAAGGAGGAUAGUCUUUAUUCGAAUAUUAUUGUAGACUUACGACAAGGAGAUUGUCAUGAUGCUUAUGCGUAUAUGGCAGAUGUUUGGAGGUUCGGAAUCGUUGUGUUUAGACUCGCAGACCACCAUGCCUGGCGUAUAACUGAUCAUCUUUUCUACCCCGACCCGCUUGCAGCAUCCUACCAACUGCACCACUUAAAAUUCGAAUGGAUGGAUGGAAUUUUCGGAAUGGCCCUUAGUCCUGAGGGAGACUUUCACGAAGACAGGAUACUCUACUUUCAUCCCAUGUCCAGCUUUAGGGAAUUCUACGUUAAGACUUCAUAUUUGAGAUCCGAUGGGGAUCACGAUGAUGGAGAUGCUUUUAAGAUUAUGGGAGAAAGCAGAGGGCCUCAAGGGCAUGCCUCCUCUUCAGUAAUGAAUCAAGAUGGAAUAUUAUUUUAUAAUUUGGUUUCUCGUGAUUCUAUAGGUUGUUGGGAUUCCAGAAAGCCAUAUAAGAGAGAGAAUUUGGGAGUGGUGGCUAGAAGUAGACAAACCUUAGUGUUUCCAAAUGAUAUACGGCUAGAUCAGGACAAAAAACAGAGUAUGUGGAUCAUAACGAAUAGACUGCCAUACUAUCUUAUAGAAGGCUUGGAUAUUAGUCGAAUUAAUUUUAGAGUUAUGUCAGCAUAUACCGAUGAAGCUAUAAAGGGUACCAUUUGUGAUCCUAAUGUUCAUAAUAAAAGUACAUAUUUAGAGCCUCCCAUUGAUGAAGAUUGCUAUUGAAAUAAAUCGUAAUAUCUUUAUA